AUUCCCAUCAUAGAAGAAAUAAAAAAAAAUUUUAGAUAUGCUUUCCCCGGAGUCUCCGGAGAAACCGAAAAAAAGUCUACAUGACCUCGGGCUAUUAACAAAGACUGAAGAGAAAACCAAAGGGAGCCUUGUAGCCCUCCAGUCUAUCGACAAGCGCCUGAAGACCCUCUUGGACCGCCUUACAUCUGUGGAGAACUCAAUGGCUAGCUUGAAUUUACCUGCUUUGGACGAAGGUAAUGGAGACACCUAUGAGGACUUGGAAACAUUGGAGGAUGAGUUGGACAACCAGGAGAAAGAACUUUCAGAAUUUGCAAAUGAAGAAGCUAUUGGGUCAAAGGUAGAUGAUGAUGAAAUUGAAGAGGUAGACAAGGAAGUCACAGGAAAUCAAUAAUGCGAUUUUCCAUUGUAUAAUUGUUAUUAAUGCUACGGUUUUCCAUACGUUAUACACGAGGAAAACGGGCAGAAAAUUGUUAAUUGUUAAUUGUUAGAAUAAAAACCGUGGC